GAGGCUUUUUUUUUUUUUUUUUUUUUAAACUUGUUUAAAGGUUGUGCAACAUAAUCCAUCACAGCAGAGCGUUUGGUGCAAGUUCACAGAGCAAACUUGCGCGCUGUGGAAGCUCAGAGCUGAAAUAAGAGGCUUUAGGAGACUCGUGGUCAGAUCAGCGUCACCGCCUUUCUGCCGGAUCCUUAAAGCUGCAACAGAAAGGAAACUUUUGGACACAUUUAUAUCCUUUUGUUUUUGUUUCUCCUCAGUAACUUUCCCGUUGAUCUCUACCGCUGCUGGAUCUAAGCCUUAAACGGUUUCUUACCAAAUAUAGCCUCCGUUAAUGCUGGAGCGUCCUUGAGGAGCGCAGCGGUCCUGGAUUUGGAUAUUUGCAACGCUGCCAAAGUUUAUAAUUAAAUACUCAGAUCACCUCGAUUUAGCCGGUGCCUUUUGUGAACGGGCACUUUUGGUCCAAUUUGCAAAUUGGACAAUUCAGGCGCGGUGUUUUAGAAGCGUAUUACAUUUUUUUUUUCUGCCUGCAUGUUGAUUUCUGUGGGCUCUUGUCUGCUCCCAACAGAAGCCAUUUUUAAGUCUUUGAUUUUUCCAGCCCUGUGUGUGACUCACUGAACACGAGCUGCUCAACCUGCUCCGGGCUGCAGCUCCAACCUGUGCGCAGACGUUUUGGCCACAUUUUUUCCAUUGUUCUCAAGCCUCCCUUGUUUUUCUUUGCGCGUCUGGCUGUGGACGCGGCGGAUGCGCCAUGGCUCGGUUUUUGCUGACUACCUACGUGUUGGCGGUGCUCGGCUUGGCGGCGGUGGGCUGGGCUGGAGCGGAGCAGGCCAAGGCGGAGAGCCCACCGGUGGUCACCCUGCGCACCGUGAUCACGGGAACCUGCCAGGAGAUCCAGCGGUACGCGGAGUCUGUGGUGGGAACCGGCGUGAUGCGAUCAGCCGCUGAGAGUGCAGUGUUGUUUCUUGAGUCAUUGCUUGGUCAGGACAACGUCUAUACAAUGGCCAUGUUUUUAGAGACGGUGAUCCGAUUCCUGGCUGAAGGAGCUGCCAGCGGCCUGAAUGUCAUCGCUGUUUACGUCACAGAGAUCCUCAGGGUCACAGGAUUCGACGUUGCACUGACGUUGCCCCGCUUCACUCCGGAGGGCGUGACCGCCGUCGCCCAGUGGGGUCUGCUGGCCCUCAUUGGCUACUGGGUGCUGACCAUUGUCCUCCGUCUGCUGAUCGGCGUGGUGAAGCAGGUGUUCUGGGUGGUGAAAACCGUCUUGUCGCUGUGGCUUUUCGGACUGAUCGUGACAGACAAGCACGCCACUGCAGACGUCACGGCAGUUCGGCUGGCCGGCCUGGUGCUGGGAUGCGUCAUGUUGACUCUUCUCACGUCUGGCUCUGAAAAGUCUUUUGCAAUGGAGGACCGAGUGAGCAGCCUGGAGGGCCGGCUGAAGGCAGUGGAGAAGAGGAAAGGGGAAUAGUGAUGAGAAAGGGUGGAGAAGAGUUUUAAAAAAUGGACAAAGGUGAUGGUUAUGUAAGGCUAUGAAAACAGUAACGGCAAUGAUUUCCUUAUCUGUGUCAAAGUUUGGAAAUAAAGUAAUCUCUGGGAUUUUUAAUUGGAAA